AAUCCUAAAAUAGAAACAAAAAAGAAUUCUUCCGUUCUUUAACAAACAACUAUUACUUCAACCUCGUGCAUACUUUGUAUUGUCGAAUAGUAAGAAAAUACAAAUAAAAACGGCGCGAAAGUGAAUCUUUUUAUUUGUGUUAGAUUCCUCAUAGCGUAUUGCGUUUGACCUCCAACGUCCUAACGAUUACAAACAAAAACAACAUUCUCUCUCAUCCCAGAGUGAGAAUCGAAUCGAAGGAUUAUCUUACAGUGAAUUGUGAGUGGGAUCUAAAGCUUACCUAGGUUACACAUCCGUUACGAAGACAGGCCUUGCUAGCUUUCAAAUUGGGAAUCCUGCGUAGCUUUUCAAUUAAUCCCUGUUAUUGUUUGGAUCCUCACUUCUACAUUUGGUUAAAGAAGGUUGCUUGUCGCUUUUCCUUUCAGUCUUUUCUUCUUCGUAACCGGUUUUUCAUCCUUCCUGUAAUAUCUGCUCAUCUUCAACACGGUCGAAAUCUCAAGUUUGUUUUGUUUAAUUAAGCCUUACAUUUUUGUAGCUUAUUACAUUCUUUUUGAUAUCUCCGUUUUCCAAAUUACAGGGUUUUCGGUUUUAUUUCUUUAUUUGCUUGUUUCAAUCUGUGUUUAGUUAGCGGAACAACUAUUUCGUUUUCUUUAUUCCUGUUUUAUCGGUUCGUUUUUUUUGUUCUUUUGUAUAAACAACCUUGUUUCUUUACGGAUUCUUUAUAUUGCAUUUUUCUUUCAAUUCGUUUCAUUGCCUUACCAGUUUGGUUUUAUUUUAUUGCUCACAACAUGGAAACGUCAAUUAAGGAUGGUGUGCCAAAAAUAUCCACCACCAGCAUGCUCGAAAAACCGACUCCCGGUCCUACUCCACAACAAACACCAGCAAAUACCCGUCCAUCAACCCCAGCAAACAAGCCCGAUUUAAAGAGCCAGAAGAGUGAGCAAAGUCAAAGUUCUGGAGAAUACAGUCCUGAUGAAGACUGGCUGGGUGAUCAUGCUGCCCGUGAACACGAAGCUCGUAUACGCCGUCCUAGUGUAACUCGCGCUUGGGUUCCACAAAAUACGGGUGGUCCUUCUAUUCAACAAGAUCGUCGUGACGUUGCUCCUUUUGGCGAAGUUAUAGAUUUAGAGGAAGUCCCCCGUGGUAUCACUCGUCAAGCUCGUAAUUUAGACAACUAUUCAUUCCCUUGUCAUCGUUUUCGAGAAAACUUGAUCGAUGAAAGUAAGAUCCCUCUCGUUCUGGUUGCAUGUGGAUCCUAUUCUCCCAUCACCUACCUCCAUUUACGUAUGUUUGAAAUGGCAACGGAUACCAUUCAUGAACAAACUAACAUGGAAUUGAUUGCUGGUUAUUUCUCUCCAGUCAAUGAUGAUUACAAAAAAGAAGGUUUGGCACCUUCACAUCAUCGAGUCCGCAUGUGUGAAUUGGCUUGCGAGCGUACAUCCAGCUGGUUGAUGGUCGAUGCAUGGGAAAGUCUUCAGAAAAAGUAUACACGAACUGCAGAAGUCUUGGACCAUUUUGACGAAGAGAUUAACAAGAAGCGCGGUGGCAUUCGCUUAUCCGAUGGAUCUCGUCGUCCUUGUAAGAUCAUGCUUUUGGCCGGUGGUGAUUUGAUUGCUAGUAUGGGAGAACCUGGUGUUUGGUCGGAAUCGGAUUUGCAUCAUAUACUUGGCAAUUUUGGUUGUGUUAUUGUCGAGCGGACCGGAAGUGACGUUUGGGCCUUUCUACUUGCUCAUGAUCUUUUGUUUGCGUACCGUGGAAAUGUUUUGGUUAUCAAACAAUUAAUUUAUAAUGAUAUAUCCUCGACAAAAGUUCGAUUAUUUAUUCGAAGGGGAAUGUCGAUCCGCUAUCUUCUACCAAAUUCUGUUAUUCAGUACAUCGAACGACAUUCUCUUUACCGCGACGCUGAGCCCGUAAAGGCUAUAUUUUACCAAUCUCCGUUUGUUCGAAUAGAAACUUGAAUUGGUUCCGCAGACAUCUCUCACAAAUGACAAUGAAUUUGGAUCUGUGGUUUUCUGGGCUCACGACCACGCUUCCUGCAUGGUAGGUUUUCUUUUUACAGUAUGCGUAGUAGCUAGCGUUCUAGUUUGUAUUUUUUUUUUGUUUUUUUUUUUUCAAUAUCAGAUAGGGGGAAGGUUAAAUAAACGAUUUAUCCUCCUCAUUUCUCGCCUCGCUUUAAACUAGAGUAAGUAAAUAUUGUAAGUAUGGC